ACCAGACCAGAGGGAGACUAUUAUUCAUCGGUGAGCGCGACGAUCAGUCCGGUUUUCCUWUAACAUAUUUAGCACAAAAAAAUGACUUCAGAUGCCAUCGAAAAGAGCAACAAACAUAAUGAAAGAGCCAAAUAUUGUCUGUAUUUUCUCGGCUUCUUGGACCUAUGUGUUGUUAGUAUGGGAUUACCAUUAGUUACAAGAAAGGCUAGAGAACUUGGAGCUACGCCGUCUACGGUUGGUUUGAUCGCUUCCAUAUAUGGUGCCAUACAGCUGUUCUCAAGUCCUAUUGUGGGUAAAUGUAGCGACGUGACAGGAAGGAAGAAGGUCCUCAUCAUCUCACUAGUGUGUACAGGUUUUGCUUACUUCUUAGUUGGCCAGUCACAGAGCCUSUUAUUCCUGGCAAUGACUCGAGUACCAGUUGGAAUAUUCAAGCAGACUCAGGGUCUUUGCAAAGUAUCCCUUGCCGACAUCACUCCAACCAUAGAACGCCCUAAAGUGUUUGGGUACUUCAACUCYCUGGCAAGCGCUGGGUUCAUUAUUGGUCCUCUGAUAGGCGGCCAUAUUGGAAUGAUGGAUAGUGGUUUUACAACAGUAAUGACACUGCAGUGUAUUGGGUUUGUUUCAAUGGCAGUGUUUGCCUGGUUUUUCCUCAAUGUUCCUGACAACACUGACAUSACUCGGCRAGAAGUGAGUCUAAAACGAAAUAUUUCUGAUGAAAACAUUGGCAAUGGAAUUGACARUGACAUUAAAUACUCCACCACUAAUGGCAUGAUUAAAGAGCAACAAGAAAGUUCCAUCAAAAAYAGAUUCCUUACCAAACUUGGAAARUCUCUCAGCAUUGCAUCCCUGGAUUCAAUAGUUGAUCUUCUACUAUUAAGAUUYAUACUCGGUUUUGCUAUGAUCAUAUUUCGGAGCAACUUUACAACAAUGUUAGAAUUCCGUUACCAYACAUCAACCAAGACCAAUGGAUACAUAAUGUCAUUCAAUGGCUUGGUAUCCGGUUUCUCUGGAACUCUAGUAGGAUACAUUGCAGCUUUUUACAAUCACAAUGAUGCUAAAAUAGUCCGUCACUUUUCAAUCUUAAUAACAUGUGUUCUCCUUYUCAUCACCUAUUCUCCAGACCUUUUAGUUUUGAUAGCUCUGUUAACACCCUUAUCAUUAUCAACUUCUGUCUGYCGAGUUUGUGUUAGUAAUUUGACCCUAAAACGGUGUCAACAAAAUGAGAAAGGAGURAUUUUUGGUGUUGGGAAUUCAAUGUUGUCAUUUGCAAGAAUGUUGUCUCCAUUGAUAGCAGGRUUUGCUCAGGAAUACAGUGUUUAUGGCCCUGGCACUAUAUCAGUCGGUAUAGCCAGUUUAGGUGUUAUUAUUGCUAGUUUUGUUGACAAUAAUUAGAUUAUUAGCAGUAUUAA